UCUUUAUUUUCCGUUGUCCACUAUAAAUUGCGACACCAUUCUUGUGUCCGUCCCUUCAUCUACUGUUGCGGAAGAUUUCUGAGUUAAACUUCAUCACUUCAGGUAUCUUUCUCUGGUUCUUGACGGCGUCGAGUGCAAGUCCGAUGGAAUCGAAUUGGAUAGUGGACACUUCCCUUGAGCUUAACACAUCGUAUCUGAAAAAGGAAAUUGUUCCAAGAACUGAUAACUCUCAAGGAGGACGACAAGAAGAGCCCGUUGUUAAGCAUGAGGCCGGUACACUGGUUGAGGAGUAUCACCGAAUUAGCCACGAGAACAGGAAGUUGACCGAAAUGUUGGCCCUUAUGCACGAGAGCUAUAAUGCGCUUCAUAACCAAUUCAUUGUCUUGGGGAAUAAGACCUCCGAAAGUGAACUUGGCGCGUCAAGAAAGAGGCAGCAUGAAGCUAAUGUCGCCGCCGAAAGUUGUGGUCACAACGAAGAUCAAAUCUUUAAGAAGCCAAAAGAUAGCUUCAAGCCCAAGAUUUCCAGAAUCCACUUCCGAACUGAUGCGUCUGACUUGAGCCUUGUAGCGAAGGAUGGUUAUCAAUGGAGGAAAUAUGGUCAAAAGGUCACAAGAGACAACCCAUCUCCUAGAGCUUACUACAGAUGUUCCUUUGCCCCAACUUGCCCUGUUAAAAAGAAGGUACAAAGAAGUGUUGAUGACCCAUCUGUCCUAGUGGCCACAUAUGAAGGAGAACACAACCACCCGAGCCCGUCUCGGCCCACGAUUCCUCUGGGUUCCGACAAACAGAAACUGGAUCUGGGCGCCCCUCCAAUUCCAUCGUCCUCGAAGUCGAGAUCUUCUAGUCCUAGGAGUCCUAGCGCUCCUGAUUUGAUGCGUCCGGGUUCCGACACUCCAUCUGCAAAAAUGGGCCAAGAAACAGAAGCGGCGGCGGCAUUUCAACAGUAUCUGGUGCAGCAGAUGGCCUCUUCCUUGAAAAGAGAUCCCAAUUUCACAGCAGCACUUGCGGCUGCAAUAUCAGGAAGCAUAUUCGACCAAGCCCGGAUUGAGAAGUGGUGAAUGGACAGGGCAUUGAUUCACCGGAGCUGUGUAUUUAGCAUGAUUUACAUAUAGUUCGAGGAUUGAAUAUGACGGUCGGGUCAUGACGACAGUUGGGUUUUUGA